AUGGUAGGUUCAAUUUUUAUAUCAAUAGUUUAGGUGAAAGGUACGUUUUAAAUUCUAUAUUUUUUGAUAUUUAGGAAUACACGUCAACGUUUCACAAGUUUGUAGCUAAUUUUGUGGACAACGAAAUACGAAAUGUUGACAAUCCGGAACUGUUUGCUGAUUUGUUGCUUAAGGCGCUGAAAUCUGGAGGUUUAGCUGCUGUACCGGCUUUCAAAGGAUUGUUAUAUUUGGUUUUGGAGAAAAACUUGUAUGUCUUUGAUAUUGAUAUUGUAAUUUUAGAUAUUUCAUCAAGUCAAGUCUUUAUUUUUUUUUUGAGUUUUGCCAUAGUGUUGUAGAUCUCGAAGGAAAGCUAUUUAUUUUAAUGAUACCUUUGCAGCGCAGUGGACAACUUAUACGAAGAGGUCUACAAGCUUCUGAAGCCAACUACGGUCUAUUCAAAUCAGUCACAAAAGCUUCUGGAGCUUGUGGACAGUGCGUUGAGCUCGCCAUACAUACCUCAAUAUACUUUAGCCGCAUUCGCAAAGAAAUUGGCCAGAUUAUUGUUGUUAGCUCCGGCGCAACAACAGCUAAUGUUGUUGAACGUGUUGAGGAAUAUUUGCUACACACAUCCAGCUGUUUUCGAAAUGCUGGCUAAUAGAAAGGAACCAGGUAAGAAAGAGCCUAUGAUAAUAGCGUUGACAAAAAUAACAUUUUGUAACCUAUAUUUUAAAGUUGUUACUUAAAAUUCUUUUAGCUACACUACCAUCAGACCCAUAUGAUCCAGAAGCAUCAAUUGUCGACUCAAAAGCAGUCGAGUCCUCGUUAUGGGAGCUAAAAUCGAUUCAUCAACAUUGGUAUAUUCGCAUAGCCGACCGAUCAAAGUUUAUUCAUGGCAAUCGACCAGAACAGAGAGUUAAAAUUGUCGCUGAAAACGUUGCCGAAUCAAUCUUGACUAAACUGAAGACGGAUAAUUGCUCGUUGAAUCCAAAAUUUGGGUUGAAAACUCUGGAAGCCACUAAAGAUUUGGUGUGCGAUUAG